AUGAGUCAGCAGAACAAAAUGGAGGACGGAGACAGGGGCACCGGUCGGUAUCCACUGAGGAGGUGGUGGCAGCCCAACCGUCUCUUCGGUCCAGACUUCGGCCUCCCGCCCCUCCUGGAGGCGGGGGGGUGGUCGGACAUGGACCGGUCCCAGAGGGGUUUGGCCGCCUUGUUCUGGCCCGGUUUCGCUCCCGCCCCGAUGUUCGUGCCCCACAUCUCCGAGUCGCCGGCCCCCCCCAGCCAGAGGAUCAGCAGGCUCCCGGCAACGGUGGACGCAACCAAAAUGGUGUCCACUCUUUCUGUGGAUGGCAUCCUGACCGUGGAGGCUCCGGUUCCUGAGACCUCUGGCCCCGCCGCCGUCCUCAUUCCAGUAAAGGUGACAUUUAAACGAAUGCUGAUAGAUAAGCUGAUUUGGUUUCUUUCUUCUAUUGGAAAGAAGAUCAAUGCAAAUCCUCCAAUCACACAAUAA